UGCUAUGCAGUUUCAUAGUUUUUGAGCAAUAAUUGAAGCUGGGAAAUAUACAUGCUGUCCAAUCGAGUGCAACUGGCAAACAAAAGAUCAUGGUUAAAAGAAAAUAGCGCCGGGCAACUGGAAUGAUGACACGUGGACAUGUCUGCAGGGUUUGUAAACACGUUAUAGCGUUUUUCAAGACUAUAGUAAAACUGAUUAUGCCUCCUGCGAAGCAAACAUCUACUAAAACUAUUCCAACUUCCAAAUCUGCCAAGAGCAUGAUGGAUACUUGGACAACGCCUUCGGUGACUGUGGUAUCAUCAUACUCUUCACAGCUGGACUCUAAGGUUGAAACUGAUGGUGACUUUAAUAUGCUACCAGCAAUCAGUAUGAAGCUGUCCAACACACCUGUAAUAUCCGCCUCCACAGUGACUGUACACAGCAACAUUCCACGGUUUUUAAUAUCAAAAGCCUCACCAGAACUACUAAAGAGGUCUGUGCAUUCAGCUACAUCAAAAGCUUCACACGGAUUACUAAAGAGGUCUGUGUAUUCAGAUACACCAGAAGCUGCACAUGGACAACUAAAGUGGUCUGUGUAUUCAGAUACACCUGAAGCUGCACACGGAUUAGUAAAGAGGUUUGUGCAUUCAGAUACACCAGAAGCUUCACAUGGACAACUAAAGAGGUUUGUGCAUUCAGAUACACCAGAAGCUUCACAUGGACAACUAAAGAGGUGUGUGCAUUCAGAUACACCAGAAGCUUCACAUGGACAACUAAAGAGGUCUGUGCAUUCAGAUACACCAGAAGCUUCACAUGGACAACUAAAGAGGUCUGUGCAUUCAGAUACACCAGAAGCUUCACAUGGACAACUAAAGAGGUCUGCGCAUUCAGAUACAUCAGAAGCUUCACAUGGACAACUAAAGAGGUCUGCGCAGUCAGAUACAUCAGAAGCUUCACAUGGACAACUAAAGAGGUCUGUGCAUUCAGAUACACCAGAAGCUUCACAUGGACAACUAAAGAGGUCUGUGCAUUCAGAUACAUCAGAAGCUUCACAUGGACAACUAAAGAGGUCUGUGCAUUCAGAUACAUCAGAAGCUUCACAUGGACAACUAAAGAGGUCUGUGCAUUCAGCUACACCAAAAGCUUCACAUGGACAACUAAAGAGGUCUGUGCAUUCAGAUACACCAAAAGCUUCACAUGGACAACGAAAGAGGUCUGUGUAUUCAUAUACAUCAGAAACGUCACAUGGACAACUAAAGAGGUCUGUGCAUUCAGGUAUAUUAGAAGCUUUGGAAGAACUACUAAAUAGGUCUAUGUAUUCAGAUACACCAAAAGCCUCACCAGAACUACUAAAGAGGUCUGUGUAUUCAGAUACACCAAAAGCCUCACCAGAACUACCAAAGAGGUCUGUGUAUUCAGAUACACCAAAAGCCUCACCAGAACUACUAAAGAGGUUUGUGUAUUCAGAUACACCAAAAGCCUCACCAGAACUACCAAAGAGGUCUGUGUAUUCAGAUACACCAAAAGCCUCACCAGAACUACCAAAGAGGUCUGUGUAUUCAGAUACACCAAAAGCCUCACCAGAACCACUAAAGAGGUCUGUGCAUUCAGAUACACCAAAAGCCUCACCAGAACUACUAAAGAGGUCUGUGCAUUCAGAUACACCAAAAGCCUCACCAGAACUACUAAAGAGGUCUGUGCAUUCAGAUACACCAAAAGCCUCACCAGAACUACUAAAGAGGUAUGUGCAUUCAGAUACACCAAAUGCCUCACUAGAACUACUAAAGAGGUCUGUGUAUUCAGAUACAUCUUGUAAUAGGAAGGCGAGCACUUGGUCAGGAAGAGAUUCCAAGACAGUUUAUUCACUUUACACAGGUGCAUCUAAAACAGAACUGUUAACUGACAAGAUGUCAAUAGUACCAAAAGUGGAAUGCAAGAAAAUCCCUUCUUCGAAAUAUACACGUAAUUUUAGUGGAGCUGCACGAGCUUUGCAGUUAGUUUCUCAAACAGUUUCCUCAAGAAUUUUGACAUCAUCGAGUCAUAAACAUUUGCCUGAUACAGAAGUACUUGCAUCUUCUUUGCAGUCAAUUUCAAAAGCAGAUUCAUCGGGGAUUUUGACAUCGUCGAGGCAUCAACAUGUGUAUAAUGCAGAAGCAUACACAUCGAAUUGGCGGUCAUUUCCACAAGCAGAUUCAACAGGAAUUUUGACAUCGUCGAGGCAUCAACAUUUGUCUAAUGCAGAAGCAUCUAUCUGGAGGCAAAUUUUACCAGUCGUUCACAAAAUAGAUAUACCGACAAAGACUUCCAUUUCACCGAAAUAUAAAAGUUCCUUUUCUGCAGAAACAGGUGCGUCAUCGACCAAGGUUUCAAGUUCUAAACUAGCUUUUUCAAGAACUGAUACUGAUACUAAGAAUGCAUGUAUGCUUUGUGCACAACCAGGUGUGUCAUCUGGCAAGUCUUCCAGUCCUAAAUCAGGGUCCAAGUCCAGCUUUUCUACGUAUGUAGAGCAUGGGGUAUCAUCUACGAAGAAUCCCAAUGUUUGGUCGAAUUCAAUAUCAGCAUUGAGCUCUGUUUCCCAGCUAUUUAGCCAUAAACGUGUGUCCUGUGCAGAACCAGCUAGUGCACCAGCUGAACGAAAGUCAGUGUUGACCAGUUCGAAAAUACUUUUACUGGAAUCAGAUUGUAAUAAUUCUUCAAGUAGCGAAUCGGCUAACAGUUCAUCUUCUAGGUUGUCGCCAUUAUCGUUCUAUGACUUCCCGUCAUCUUCAAGUUUAGAAGACAGCGACGAAGAGAUAACCCUUUGCCCCGAGGUUCACGAAGCUGCCUCGGAAUCACGAGAAAUAAAAAGUAUGUUGCCUCUGAUCAAAGAGGAAUUAAAUUCGAAAAUACAACUUAAGAGACUGAGUGAAGGGAAAGAAGAAAUUCAGGUCGAUUUCAGUCCAUCUCACUUUGAGAUGACGUAUUCUGAACUGAGGAAAAGGGAAAGAAAACGGGAGCAGAACAGAAAGUCUGCCGAUAAGUCUCGAAAUAAACAGAGACGAUAUGAACAUACAGUUCAACAGAGAUUCCAUCAAUCCAAUUUGGAACAUAGUGUACUGCAACACCACCGAGACCUACUUCUGUGUGAGAAGCAGAACCUGUCCUCAAGACUCCUCUCUCACCUACAGGACGAGUGUACGUCUGCCACUCGGGACGACGAUUUGAAGAGGGCCAUCAAACUGACAGUCCGACCGCUGUUAAACAAAAUAGCAACGACAACAACAACAACAAAAUAACAGAAGUUAAACAAUUAGACUGUUCGCAAAGUAGUAGAGCCAUUUAUUACUACAGAAUUUAAUUAU